AUGUAUGCAUUUGGCGCACUAACAGACGUCUCUAAUAGAGUCCUGGAAGCGGUCUCUUCCACUGGAUUCCGUCUUUACAUCGACCCCUACGGUCCGAGGAGCUUUUCGGGGCAUCUGUUUCAUUGGGCCAAUGUAAGAAAUCCACCUCCAGCAAAUUUAAUGGCCAUUACUCAUUCUACAGACCAAGACACUGCUAUUAACUUGAGCAUGCUACAAUGCGAGGGAUACAACAUUAUUAGGCCGUAUCCACUUGGUCCCGCCUCCCCCACUCAUGCAUGGGAGAGCUUUCUUCGAGAAAUCUUCCUUCUCGAAAAGCCCAUCGAUAACGAUUGGCCCAUUGUAACGGUUGAUGAAUCUUUCUGGGUUUGCAAAGUAUGCUAUGACCAUCCCGGCAAAGGCUUUGACAGUUUCACCAGGCAUAUUUCUAGUCGAAAACAUGCAGAUAAAAGGUUGGAUUGGACCACUACAGAGGAGGAUAAGAAAGCUGAUGAGAAAGCCGAUGAGAAAGCCGAUGAGAAAGCCGCGGAUGAGAAAGCGGAUGACUUCAUCCCUUAUCGCUCGGAUUCUCAUUGCGAAGAUGACAAGUUUGUCUCACCAAGUGGGGAGCCUCGUGAGAAAAAGCGCCAACACAAGUAUCCACCACCACAUGUACACCCUCUUUGGGAAGAGGCCAUGUUGCCUCGUGAGAAAAAGCGCCAACACAAGUAUCCACCACAGGCAAGGCUUACCAAGAACCGGCACCUGUCUGUAAAACCAAGUUAUUCUCAUUCGAAAAAGGCCAUUAUUGGUUCACCAAGUGAGGAGCCUUCUGAGGAAUAUUUCGCAUGGUGGUGA